AUGCAAGCUACAGUUAAAAGAUACCCCACUACACCAAUUAGUGGGCAAACAAUGGGAACUUCAGGACUCCGUAAGAGAGCUUCUGAAGUUGAAAACACACCCAAUUAUCUUGAAAAUUUUGUUAAUGCUAUGUUUAAUGCUGCAAGUAACCUUCAAAAACCUGGUAAAAUUAUAAUUGGAGGGGAUGGAAGGUAUCUUAACCUUAAGGCUUUAGAUAUUAUUAUACGUGUUGCACUUUCACGUGGAUUUACUGAUAUUGUUGUUGGUAAAAGUGGAUUUAUGUCAACACCAGCUGAGUCUGCUACAAUAAUUAGAAGAAAAGCUGAAGCAGGAUUUAUUAUGACUGCAUCCCAUAAUCCAGCAGGAAAGGACCAUGGUGAUUUUGGACUUAAAUUAAAUAUGAGUAAUGGAGGUCCUGCUCCUCUUGAAGUUACAUCUAAAAUUGAAGAAAGUGCUAGAAAUAUUAAAGAAAUAGUUAUUGCUGAAUUAAAUAAACCAUUAACUAUUGAUACUAUUGGAGAUAUUGAAAUUGAAUGUGAAGGAAAAAAGGCAAUAGUUCAUGUUAUUGAUCCAUUAGAGGAUUAUAUUGCAUAUUUACAUGAAUGUUUUGAUUUUGAAAAAUUAAAACAAUUUGUUUCUAAAUACCAUUUAAAAGUUCAAGUUGAUGGUUUUAAUGCUGUUACUGGUAUUUAUAACAAAAAAGUAUUUUGUGAACUUCUUGGUCUUCCAGAAAGUUCAUUGAAAAAUGCUAUUCCAAUGCCAGAUUUUGGAGGAAAACAUCCAGACCCUAAUUUAACUUAUGCUGCUGAGUUAGUUCAUGCAGUAAUUCCAGAGGACUCACCUUAUGAUAUUGGAUUUGCUUUUGAUGGAGAUGGAGAUAGAAAUCUUAUUGUUGGAAGAGGUGCAUUUGUAAGUCCAUCAGAUUCACUUGCUAUUUUAUCAACUAAAUAUAAUGACAUUCCAUUCUUUGUGAAGAAUGGAUUUAAAGGAGUUGCACGUUCAAUGCCAACUUCUGCUGCAGUUGAUCAUGUUACUUCAAUUACAGAAACACCAACAGGAUGGAAAUUCUUUGGUAAUUUAAUGGAUUCUGGAAAGAUUAGUUUAUGUGGAGAAGAGUCUUUUGGAACUGGGUGUUGUGGUAUUAGAGAAAAGGAUGGAAUUUGGGCUGCAUUAUGUUGGGUUUCUAUUUUAGCAGCUGAGUCUGAACGAGCACAACGAUUAGUUGGAGUUAAAGAAAUACUUGAAAAUCAUUGGGCUAAGUAUGGAAGAAAUUAUUAUCAACGAUAUGAUUUUGAUGAAGUUGAUAAGAAAGCUGCAGAAGAUAUGAUGCAAAUGAUGAGAGAUAAUGCUAAAACUGUUAAAUGUGAUUUGAAUGGAGUUCCAUUAAAAUUCUGUGACGAUUUUGAAUAUCAUGAUUCAGUUGAUGGAAGUGUUACAUCCAAACAAGGAAUUAGAUUUGUUUUUGAAGAUGGAUCAAGAAUUAUUUUUAGAUUAUCAGGAACUGGUUCAGUUGGAGCUACAAUUAGAGUUUAUUUCGAUAAGUAUAGCAAAGAUUAUAAGGCUGAUCAAAAUAAAAUGUUAGCAGAUAUGGUGACAGUAGCAUAUGCUGUUUCUCAAAUUACUAAAUUUACAGGAAGAGAAAAACCAUCAGUAGUUACAUAA